AUGAACAAAGCGAGAUACGACAGCGACGGAAACCCCGUCUUCUACAUACCUGAGAUCGAUAUUCCCAUAAGCUGCCCGAUAUACUUAUCUGACAACCUAAAGGCUCGAUACUGGUGGUUGGCAAGGCAGUUCUACCAGCUGAAGCAUAUAUGGGAAGUCCAGCUCAAAGACCAUCGAGACUACUGGAACGUCAGAGCUGCGUAUGACUUCUGGUGUGAGAAUGGCACGAAGACUAUCCACGGCAGAGACUUUGGUUGGAGUCAACAGUGGGCUCUUGACGCGAUGGGUGAAGUCAAGUACGACGUGCACAAGCUUGAAGAGUUUGCGCAGUUCAUCAGAGCAUCCAGAGCAGAGAUAAGAGAGAGGUAUCUAUACAGUAUUAGCAUUCCCAUUGCUCCCAACGAAGAGGACUCGUCGACGGUUCAUAUGUCGGAUAUCGCUGAGAGCGACAUCGAGCCGUCUCCAACUCACAGACCUGCUCGUCGUCGGUUCCAAAAUCAGGAAGUUAGACAAUCUACCGCUUCAGAUGUUGGUUCUCAUCGUCAUCCAAUCAUAAUUGCCCAGGACUCGGAUGAUGAUAAAGAGCGUCGAAGGACAGACGUCAGGGGACCAGCAACUCCAAUAAGGAGGAUCAACUAUGGGCAUGUAAGUUUCGCGUCCGUGUUGGUAUGCGUUCAAAUGCUCACCUUGAUGACAACAGCGACGCACACAUGGAUAAGACACAGCGGUCUUAAUGGAGUACAGCUCGAGAGAGCCAGCCUCUCACAUACUUUCCACGAGUAUCAGUCAUAAUGUACUCAUCGUUUGUCGAUAUCGUCAACCAUGAAAUGAGCGAGGAGUUCGGAAGGAUCUCUCGAGGAACGUGCACGAAGGUUGAGACGUGUGGGGUUCUAUCUACUUGAUAUUGAAGGCCUUGGUUUUCGAUGAUCGAAGUGGUCACGAUUGUCUCGUCUGCUUUCCCUUCGAUUGACCCAAUAUGAAAUCAGUCUAGAUAUUUCAGCAUAGUAUGUAACUUGCAGCCAAAUCCUAAAAUAGCACUUGCAGA